AUGACUUUACCUACUACCUCUACCCACAUUACGCACACCCCGGCCCUCCCUCUCUCCACUUCUCCCGCCCUUGGACCCUGUCCCGGGACCAUUAUUGAAAUCUACUCGGCCUGCCGCUGCGUCUACUACGCCCACGCCAUCGACCAAUGCGCCUCCUACGGCCGUCCGAGCCACGAUGUCAUGACCAAGAACGUCUACGUCGGCUACGCCUGCGACAUUCACGUCGCCGCCUACAGCCAGCCUGGCUACUCUGCCUCUGGCCCUGCCUCGGCCGACUCCGCCUACGCCUACGCCUACGCCUACUCCGACUCGGGAUACCACAGCAGCAACGGGGGAGCGGGGGCCGCAGACUCCCCCGGAAAGGCGUACCGGACACAGUUUUUUGAUGAGAAUAUAUUCAGAUAUUGA